AUGGUCGAAGCACGAAAUUUCGCGAUUAUAACAGACCACAAGCCACUGACGUUUGCUUUCACAACGCACCGAACGAGUUGCUCGCCACGCCAGUUUCGCUACCUUGACUUCAUCAGCCAGUUUACCACGGACAUCAGAUAUAUCGCCGGAAAGGAUAAUAUAGUCGCUGAUACUCUGUCCCGCAUUAAUGAAAUUUCUAUGCCCUUAGACUACCAGUCCCUAGCCAGUGAGCAAGACACCGAUAGCGAGCUACAUGAUCUGCUGAAUAACGGCUCUGCCCUGAAGUUGGAGAAGCUUAGGACACCGGGACAGGAUCUGCAGAUAUACUGUGACGUCUCCACCCCGAAUCCGCGGCCAUUUAUCACACCUUCGUUCCGCAGACAGGUAUUUAACGCACUACAUAACUUGAGUCAUCCAGGAGCGAAGGCUACUGUCAAGCUGGCGACGCAGAGGUUCGUCUGGCCUGGCAUUAAGCGGGAUUGUAGGCAAUGGGCAAAGGAGUGCCAGCACUGUCAACGAUCCAAGGUAGCUCGUCACACUUCAGCACCGCUCGCAUCAUUCAUGCUACCUUCAGCACGCUUUCGGCAUAUACAUCUUGACCUGAUCGGUCCCUUACCGUUAUGUUCUGGGUACAGGUACUGCCUCACGAUUGUCUAUCGCUUCACUCGUUGGCCUGAGGCGUACCCACUCCAGGACAUGACAGCAGAGACGUGCACCAUCGCUCUAACAAAUGGAUGGAUUUCACGCUUCGGAUGUCCAGAACACAUCACCACAGAUCGCGGCAGACAGUUUCUAUCGCACACUUUGAAGGAGCUCGCCGCGCUGGUCAGUGCAACACACCACACUACCACAUCUUAUCACCCAGCUGCCAAUGGUCUAGUGGAACGACUGCACCGCCAACUGAAGACCGCCAUCACUUGCCACUCGUCUUCAAACUGGGUUGAAGUUCUACCAUGGGUCCUCCUCGGUAUCCGCAGCGCCUGGAAAGAGGACUUGCAAUCAUCGGCAGCAGAGCUAGUCUACGGCGAACCACUCCGUUUGCCUGGACAGUUCUUUUCCCCAAAUCCCAAUACGGAAACGGACCCGACCACCGUGGCUGGUCGACUACGCGCGCACGUCAGUAGAUUGACCCCACAACCUACGUCUUGGCAUGGCAGUUCCAGUCGAAUAUUUUAUGUGCCCAAAGACCUCAGAACUUCGAUGCAUGUCUUCGUCCGCCAAGGUCCCGCAAGAAGAUCACUCGAGGCACCCUACUCAGGUCCCUUCAAAGUCGUGAGACGUGACUUCAAAACAUUCGACGUAGAAAUCCAGGGCAGGACUCAAAGGAUCUCAAUUGACCGCCUAAAGCCAGCGUAUGUUGCCAGAGAGACCGCAGAGACCAUUCCACAAAACCGAAGUGACUAUAGUCAAGCUACCACCAAAACGACCCGAAGCGGACGCACAGUAAGGUCUCCGGAUUACUAUCGCCCGUAG